UCAGAACCGGGUAGAAAAAAAAAAGCAAACAUUUCACUGUGCAGCAGAAUUAACACAUUAUAACAAUGCAAAUGAUAUCCGUACAAGUUUUUACCUCCUCCUCCUCCGCAGCAGCAGCUGUGGUCAGAUGAAUGAAUCGGUUCUGAGUAGACACAAGGAGAGUUAGGUCAAGUUCAGCAGGGAGGAAAGUGCAGCUCAGGUGUCACAGUGAGCAUGUUGGCACAGAUCAAAGUGUGAGCACACGGGAAAUGUGAACUCUCGUCAUCACCAGAAGAUAACAAUAGUCGCCCGAGCUGUAUCACACUGACUCAAACCUUCAGCUGACACAGUCGGCCCAGCUGCACAAUAUAGCCCCGUGUAUGAAUCUGCAGGAGGAUAUGAUUUAUUUAUGUGAGGAACUGCACUGCCUGCAAGUGUACUUUAAAAAAAUGCUAUGCAGAAAUAGUCUCACUUUCACACUCUGACUGAGAUGAUGCCUCACACCUUCCCAACCCACCUUUUAAUUAAGAUCUAGGCUGGAAUGUGAAAUGAUGUUUAUCACUGACUGCAUGUAUCCCACAGCCAUGACGUAUGACACAAGUUAGGGUCUAUAUUCAGCGUGUUGUAAAUGAGGCACUUAAUUUUCAGUUCUUCAUGAUUUCUUUGCACCUUCCUUUGGCACCUCGUGCCUGUGAUGCUUCCUCCACAACACAUUUACGCUCGUCACUACCUCACUCCUCAUUCCCUCCUUCUCUUCUCUCCUCUUCUCAUCUUUCUUUUUGCCCCCUGUCUAUAAUUGGAUUCUAUUUUCAGGCUGCUAUAAGUGUCUGUGUCUCUUGUGUUUGUGUCUCGCACCCCACUUUCUGCCUUUCCUCCAUCCUCACCCUCUGCUCUUAUCGUUCCCAUCGCGCUCUCCAUCUUUCUGUUGCUGUGUAAUGCAACUCCUUUUCUUCUUCUUUUUCUUCUGUUUUGCCCAUACACUGUUUUAUUUCUGCAAAACCUUCCAUUACCUUUUUUAUCCCUUUUAUUGUGAUUGUCGGAUAUGAUGGACACUAAAAGCCUCAUUCAUGCAGAAUUAUGUCAGGUAAAGUUAUGCGGAGCGGAGUAAACUGCACCUAACUGAUGUGAAUAGCUCUCUCAUGACCUAAUUCUGGUAGUCUGGUUUACACAAUGAUCUGAGAGAGAGGAGGAUGUAUUUGGUGAGUAGAGGAAAAUAUAAAAAGGAUGAUACAGGAUACCGUAGAGCCCACAAAACACAGGAACGAUGUUUAAGUAAGUGUUGGCAUCUAAAUAUCAUGUAAAUUAUAACAUUUGUAAGAAAGGCAUGAGCUAAUUAAACAGCAUUUUUGAAGGGGAGGAGUGGAAAAUGAGAGGCUAACAGAGGGAGGGAGUUAUACUGUAGGACUUGGUUGGCUGUUGGGAUGUCUCUAGAGGUGCAGCAUAUAUUCAAAAGACCAAAAAGACUUAGUCAGGAAGAGAGGCUAUCAGAGAUGGAAAAAGUUGACUGACGAGUCGAGGACAUGGGGAUCUCUUAUCAGACCAAAAAACCCUCGUCAAGAACGCCUGGAACCUGCAAAACUACAACCCACACGCCUCGACGCAGUCACGUGGCACAGAAUCGCACCACGCCCGUGCGGACGGUGCACAUCCGACCACUGCCCACGCGAAACACGCCCUCACGCAAACAGCACGCUCAGACUGCACAGACCCGCAAGGUGCACACACAUCUGACGCAGACGCACAGGGCGAGCUCACCGUUUGCACACUGCUGCCCGACGCGGCGCUAUGAGCAGUACACGGCUCACAGCGACCACUCAGGCUGCACCUUCUACUGCUAUUUCUGCUACUGCUGUUACUGCUGCUGCCUCACGUUGCUCUCUUUCUCUCUCCUCCUCCUCCUCUCUCCACCUCCCAAUGCUCCUCCCUCUGCCUCCUUCCCCACUUUGUCAUCACACAUCACUCUUCCUCCUGCUUCCUCCUCCUCCCCCUCUCGAUCAUCAACUUCCUGUUUGGAUGAACUUUCCCGUAUCUAUCCGGGCGUCAACCUGACUUCCUCCGCUGUGUCUCCCUACUGCCCUGUGCCACCUUGUCUCAUCUAUGAUGAUUCUUUCCCUCUCUUCUACGUCUCAUCUCCUGACCUCACCACUCCUGACCAAUUCACCUCCUGUUGCCACGGCUCCUCUCCGACUUCUCCUUCUUCUUCUUCCGUGCCCUCUGACUACAUCCUCCCUCCUCAUCAUCCUAUCCUAUGCCGGCCGUGGCCUUCUUCGCGCUCUCUUUCCUCCCUGCUCCUCUGCCCUCCCAGCUUUGGGGAACCAGUCUUAUCGUAUACGUCCACUUUGGAGCACAUCCCCUCCCGGCCUCGGACGCUGCUGCGCCAGCAGAGUCUUCAGCAGCCUCUCAUCCACCCACCAGGCCCCAUUCUCGGCCAUCCCCCCACCACAUCCCAAAGUUUGGGACAAUUACACACUGCACCUGGACAGCCUGGGGGAGGCGGGGGUGCUGGGAGAGGAGAGGGAGGUGGCGGCAGUGGUGAGGGUGGGGGUGCAGGUACACGAGGCGGUCCCAGGGGUGUACGGGGCAGCCCAUCAGGAGCAGGGGCCUCUCGCAAUAGGGGAGGUGGAGCAGCAGGGCGCUCUCGUGCCAAUCCUGGCAGCUGGGAUUACACGAUGGACCAGAUGCGAAGUCGCGGCCUGGACGUCAAGUCCUUCCUUGAGGGGAAGCUGGUGGUCCUGGCUCUGGCCAUUGGCGUGGCUGAGCAAGAUGACUUUGCCAAUAUCCCUGACCUGCAGGAAACAGCGCAGGCAUCCCCACCAGCCAAUCAGGAGCCCCCUCCUGAGAAGAGGGGCAACAAGCCAGCGAACAGUCCCAAGGGCCAACCCCCUGAUGCUGACGGCCGCUCCUCCGUAACUGACCUGGCCAACUCCCUUACAGGAGACAUGGUGAUGCUGUCCCCAGGAUCGGAGGACGAUGACGGUGAAGGGCCAAUCAGUGAGAAGCUGGGCCGGAUCCAGUUCAGCAUAGGCUACAGCUUCCAGAACACGACCCUCACCGUCAAACUUCUCAGGGGCCAGGAGCUCCCGGCCAAAGACUUCUCCGGCACCUCCGAUCCCUUCGUGAAAAUCUACCUGCUGCCCGACAAAAAGCACAAGCUGGAGACCAAGGUCAAGAGGAAGAACCUCAAUCCAAACUGGAACGAAACCUUCCUGUUUGAGGGCUUCCCUUACGAGAAAGUGAGAGAGCGCACUCUAUACCUUCAGGUGUUGGACUACGACCGCUUCAGCAGGAAUGACCCCAUUGGAGAGGUGUCAAUCCCCCUUAACAAGGUGGAACUGGGCCAGAUAAAGACCUUCUGGAAGGAGCUCAAGCCCUGCAGUGAUGGCAGUGGGAGACGAGGAGACCUGCUGCUGUCUCUCUGCUAUAAUCCCACAGCCAACACCAUCACUGUGAACAUUAUCAAAGCGCGAAAUCUCAAAGCCAUGGAUAUCGGGGGCACCUCAGAUCCAUAUGUGAAGGUGUGGCUGAUGCACAAGGAUAAGCGUGUAGAGAAGAAGAAGACUGUGACAAUGAAGCGCUGUCUCAACCCCAUUUUCAACGAGUCCUUCCCCUUCGACGUGGCCGCCCAUGUGCUGAGGGAGACCACCAUCAUCAUCACCGUCAUGGACAAGGACAGGCUCAGCCGCAACGACGUUAUCGGCAAGAUCUACCUAUCGUGGAAGAGUGGACCAGCGGAGGUAAAGCACUGGAAAGACAUGCUCGCUCGGCCGCGUACUAACGUCGCCCAGUGGCACGCUCUCAAGGCCUGAUCGCACCGCCCAGCUUCCUCCGUGGCCGCUUCCCGUCUCCUGCUCCCCCCUCCUCCCUUCCCUCCUCCCACUCCCGUCCUUAUGCACAAGACUGACUUGCUGCCAGGCUGCGAAACACGGGUACAAUUAGCCAUCUGCUCUAUUAAACCUUUAAACUCUUUUUUUUUUUUUUUUUCAAGAUCUCUAUUUCUCUCCGACUCUUCUCACUUCUUCUGUUCCCUCUUCUUCAUACAGCCGUGUCUUAGUUUUCUGUGUCUCACCACUUUGCCAAUGGUCCCCCUGUUUCUGACCCCCUGUCUGUAUGUCUGUCUGUCCUUAUGCACUUUGCCUGUGGCGUCCCGAUAUUCAGUUUCUUUGUCGACCCCUUGGUUCUGAACUACACUGCAGCCCCUCGACCCAUUUAAGGUGCCAGUCCCGUGGGAUCACAGAGAAUCUUAAGUAACGAUCUAUUCUCAUAUAAUCCUAUUGUAUGACUAUUCCAGGUACUCAAUACUAUACAGUCUGUACAAUAUGUACAUAUAUAUAUGUUAAUAUAUGAGGUAAACAGAUUGGCAGAACUCCCCCCAUACACAUGCCUAAUAUACGUUAUCUUAUCCAAAGCCUGUCUGCUGUUUCCCAUCUCUCCUGUCACUUCAUUUGUCUCCUUGUCAUCUGUCUCAAGUGUACAAUAUCCUCUCCCCAAUUCAGUCCUCUCUCCUUUUACUCAAAAGUGGUUUAAUGUUCAGCUGAAGUUGUGGAAAGCAAUCAAUACUCUGUUUGUGAUGAAACCAGCUGAACUCUAGAUGGAAUUGUUGAUACUGCUGUCUCUUUCCCUCCUCCUUUUUUUCCUCUACGCUCUUCUUUAUCUCAUUUUUUCCCCCUUAUUGUUCCCUCUCUCUCUCUUCCUCUGGCACAAUAUUAGUGUAUCCGACCUUUUCUGGACCCCCCACCCUUAUCGUCUGUGUGCUGUGGGUGCUGUGCUGUAGCUCCAACAAAAAUAGAGAUUAAAAUGAAAAAAACCUUCCGAAACUGGGAAAGCAGGAAUACAAUAAACUUAUGAAAUGGAUCGCUCCUGAUUUUUCCAGACAAAGCACUGACAUGGAGAGAGAAAAAAGAAGAUGAAAAAACAAACAAAAACAAAACAAAAAAUCUCCCCCAUGAUACGAUGAUGUCAUUUGUCACAGCAUCACCAACCGAGGAAACCAAUUUAAAAUCUUCUUCCAAUUUUAAUAUGAAAACAGAAGCAAAACGUUUGUGCACAUGCAUUCGGUUGUGUGUGCACACUUCUGUCUCUUUAUUGAUGCUAUGAAUUCUUCGUGCUGCCCUGUGCUGUUGUCUCGUGCUGAUGGGAGUCGAUCUCCACCGAUUUCGACUGUAUGGUGUGCUGCGCUAAUAUGUGCCUAGUUAUGUAUGUGUGCGUGUGUGUGUGUUCACAGGAGCGACAAAAUUCAGACUCAUCAGAAAUCUUCUCUUUUCUCUUUCUCAUCUUGCGCUCUUCUUGCUCUUCUUACUGCCAUUGUUUCCCCCAUCCUCCUUUACUGCCCUGCCUUCUGAAUGGGGGCACAGGAAAGUUCUAUCUGCACUUUUUGAAAAUGUAAUAACAAUAAUAAUGAUGAUGACAGUUUUGAUGAUGAUUAUAGUACUGGUGAAAAUAAAGGGAGGAGUAUCUGAAAGGGUGAGCAGCAGUUGGGGAGAGGAGACGUCUGCUCUGUGAUUUCAGGGUUUGGAGAUGAAGUGGAGGACACAGAGGAUGGAUGUAGGGCUCUCAUCCUCCUCUUUUUUUUCCCUUCUCAGUGUACCUGUGUGUGUGUGUGUGUGUGUGUGUGUCUGCUUCCAGACUCCUGGUGGCAGGCUGCUAGUGUCUGCAAUGUUAGGCUUGUCUGCUUGUCACACGGAGACCCAGCCAACACAACACUGCUAUUACACAAUGUGUUGAUCGACAGCGAGCAUGGUCGGAGCUCUAACCAAGAGUCUGGAUGCUCCUGCAUGAGUCCACGAUGCUGUACAAUCGGUGCGUGUCUGGAAACAGUGAGCCAGAUGUGCAUUUAACGCUGAAAGAAAAAUGAGAUAACAAGGCUUUCUCUGAGUUUUUGUUGUUGUCUCCUGAAACUAUGAAUGACUGUGUAUUAUAGACAGUGGGUGUGAUAUUAGACGAUGGUCUGAUCUGCCGCUGUGAGAUACCGUAGAAGCAGAUUAGACAUUAUCUCUUCCCUGAGUGCUUGAGAACACCACAGAGUGAACUGGUAGCUGCCCUGCUUGUCAGGCACAUUCAGCUCAGCUCGAUAUUUCUGUAACGUAAAUAAAACGGUCACAAAGCAGCAACACGAAUACCGUCGGCCAUUAAGAGCUGCUCACACAGACGUCUACUCUUUCUUUGUGUACACUCUACAGUAACAAUCUGUGUUUUCACAUUCAUAAAGUCCUGUGAAGCAUAAUCCUGUCAGCUUUUUAGGAUUUGUUUCUUUACUGGAGCGGCUUAGGUUUUAUGUCUAAAUGAGCAUCAACCUUUCAAACAUCUCUCAUGUUUGACUGACUUAGGAAGCAAAUGUAAUUAGUUCGUUUUUUAGUCAAAGCAUCACUGCCUCCAUUAAUGUAGUUCCUACUAACUCUGGCCCCAUUAAAAACCAUGCCUAAAAUACUGAAGGCCCUGCAGUGGGUUUUAUUUUCUCUUACCACGAAAAUAACUGAUAGUGUCUUUAUGCAUUUGUGCUUGUCUUGAUUUAUGAUGAUGAUAUCCUGAUCACUUGAAAGAGUAUGUAAUUGAAGUCUAAUCUGCACCAGGUUAGUCCGCGUCUGGUGUCUCUCUAUAAGCCGGUCUGGGCGGCACACUGUGUGCUGUGAAUGUGUUCUGGGCAGUGUGUUUCGUGCGAGACUCGGUGCUGGCUGCUGUGAUGCACUGAUCCAGUCCAGCACCCUUCAGAACAAUUGGCCAGCCGUUGAACAGGGUCCACUGUUUUGACAGCCGCUGCCUGCAGUGUCACAGCACAUUACACUCCCAUUAGGUGGUCAGAAAGGAGCAAUAUCUGCUUUCUUGGACCUGAGGGACCCGCUGUUUCCAGAGGUAAUACUCGCUAAGAAUAAAAACAAAACUGUGGAGCGUGCUCAUUAAUAAGCAUGAGGAUGAUGGACAGGGAUAAAGGCUCCUCAGUCAAAACAAGAUGAAUAAUCAUUAGGCGAUCGCUGUGUGAAGCUGUGAAAACCAAAACGUGGUUUGAAUGUGCAGGUGUGCAGGUGAUGACUCGACACAAUGCCGCUGCCAUUUCCUUUCACCAAGACGGUGUGCAGCUCAAGGAGUGAUAAAUUGGUAUGCUACGAGGGUUUACAAAGCUCAGUCAUCAGUGACCCUGUAAACCGGAGGAUGUGGCUUUAUUUUUAGCAACAUGAGGCACAGAGUGAUGUGGCUGAUCCUCCAAGGUAGCCUGGAGGGCUGCAGGGUUUUUAAACUCACUGAGUGCUUUGGAAUACAGACGUCUUAAAAGCAAUUCCAAUGAACACUAUUUUCUAUUUUUAAAAGGUCAAAUGGCACAGUCAUCAAAUAAUUAGUGACAUUUGGGCAAAGGCUGAACUUGCUAAACUAAAUGUGAAAGUAAAAUGCUAGAAAAAUGUUUCUUCAUGUCAUUGUAUUACCCAUGAGUAACAUUGACUUUACUUCUUCAUUGUUUGGGGUCUCAAAGAGUUCAAAGUCAUGAAGUAUCGAGCUGAUAAAACAAUGUUUAUGUAUUUUGAGCUGUUAAAGAACAUUGUAGUUACAGGAAGAACGGACUACGUUCACGCUCUACAUAUGCAGAGUUAAUUCAAGAGGUAUCUAACGUUCAUCUUAUCUACAUUAAAAGAGAUUUAGUGACUUCUCAUGCUCAUGGUCACAAAACCAUUAUCUCUAAAAAUGGCGAGAACAAAAUACUCAAAUGUUAUUGUAAUAUUGUCUCUAGUUUAAAAAAGGAUUUACUUCUGCAAACCAGUAUUUGUUUUAAGUAUAAGUAAGUAAAAUGUAUUUAUAAAGCGCUUUUCACAGACAUUAGUCACAAAGUGCUUAACAGGAGCAGAAUUACAAACAUAAAAAAAAACACAGUGUCAUAUGAUCCAUCACAGAGUACCCAGAAAGUUGUACUUUCCUUGAAAUAACCAGAAGUCUCAAACCUUAUGUUCUCCCACCGCCAGCAGUCAAACAGCAGCACCAUUAAAAUGGAUGGUGAGCUCAGAGCCAAACCGUAGAAAGGAAAGAACACUUUCCAAAUCCCGGUUUCAUUAUACUGCCACCUGUCUCACGCCUCUAAACGUAUUGCGUUCUGUUGGCACCAACGCUGUCAGGACCGACCUUUAACAAUCCUGAGCUCAUGAAUACAGCAUGGCGGUGUUGCAGAUGCUCCCGGUUGAGACUUUGUCAGACUAACUCCACUCCAGUGUACUCGCUCUCCUUGUGUUCAGACUCUUCUCUGUCUGUCAUCAGUGUUUCAUUCCCUGGCAAAGCCAACCGGUUGGUGCAAGGUUUUGAUACUUACUGCGGUUUAAAUCAAGAAGACAGACACAGCCAACACUGCCCACAACUUUGCCACUGAAACAGGAGCAGCUUAAGUUGCUCUUUAAGCUUAACCCAGUUUAUUAGAUUCCUCUUUAUUUCGGUUUUAAUCCGUAGGGUGUUGGAAACGCUUUGUAAUUUCUCUUUUCAAGUUUCUGCAAACUUUCGUGAACUUUAAGCACUGCCAUUAACAAUUUGUCACAGCCACGGUAAACAUUAUACCUGCUAAACAUCAGCAUAUUGCCAUCGUGACAUUAGCAAUUAGCUCAAAACUUGAGUACAGCCUCAGAAGGCUGCUAGCUGUCGACAGCAGCUGGAUGAAGUGGGGGAGAAGACUUUUUUCUUGUCUAAGAUGUUUAUGAAGGGAAUGGGUGUGUCCGCCCCAAAUGUAUCAUUGCCACCUGCAGCCUUGCCUUCUCUGUUUACUUUCUAAAUAACUGAAAGCUUUAUUGGCUGAAGGGGUCACACCUGUUUGCCGAGGGAUUAGCUAGAUAUAUUCCUGAGCCUGAUGUUGUUUGUCCUUGUCGUACUCUCGGCCCGUUUCCUAUACUGUGACACUAGUUUUCCUUGAUGGAUAUGGCUUUCUCAAUAUGAGCGUCAGUGACUCACUCUAUUGGAACAGUGCCUGCUUUGCUGUAGUUUGUGCAAUAUUAAAUUCAAGCUAUACUGUGCUUAUGUCUUGGAGAACUUUAGGUGUGUGUGUGUGUGGGGGGGGGGGGUUAAAAUCCGGCUGUAGUAAUCUCAUCCUGGAGGGACAGCAGUUGUUUUAUUCCGCUGAAUCAUAUUAUGACGGCUGAGUCAGCCCAGAAGUCUUCUGGGUCACCUUUGGGUUUUUUCCGCUCGCUCCGUGUGUGAGUCUCACCCUGCGCAGACAGACCUCGCCUCCCCUAACUCACCCUUUCAAUUGUUUUAAGCAUCUGGUGAAAACCAAUGUGACUUCUCCCAAUCAGGGUUCAAGCAAGCAUUAUUUGAAUGGUAACAAAAUUAAUAUGAAUAACAAGUAAUAAUAUUUGUUUUCUUUCUGUUCACAUUUGACUGUUGGUCAGUGUGUAUGUAUGUGUGUGCUAGAUGUUAUUUCUUUAUAAAAACGUGGUAAGAAAAUCCUUCUGUUUUUGGAAACUUUAUGUAAAUAUCGUUGGUGAAAAUUAACAUUUGUUGUACGCCGAGUUUUCAUUUGUCACUUGAAAUGAUGAAGAAAACAAUGAUAUUGAUGAAUAACAGUGGUGAUGUUGAUGAUGCUGAAGCUGAUUAUACCUGCCCUUCUUGAAUAAGGGCUUUUGAUGUCCGCUGUAUUUUUGUUGGAGGUGCUGUGAGGUCGGGGCAAGAGAAACAAAGGGAAGGAGUGAUACCCAAAACAUCCCAGGGCCGCUGUAGCAACACUGCCACAUACCUUUUACCCCCCUACACAUUUUGAGGAUGUGGACUGAGCGAUAUGUGGCACAAAUUGUAGCCUGUGUUAUCCAUGCCACAAAACAUCUUUGUAAUUUUAUUACAAAAAUGGAGUGCUCCGUGGCUGUGUGAGAAGACUGUUCUCCUCCCCGUGGAGUCAGUCUGCCCCGGUCGCUUGGCAUCACAUCUCACCCUGUCUGCUUACAGGCUUGGGGAUUUACUGUAAUGCCAUUGUGUUAGACGGGAUUGGCCCUGUACUGACACUGAUGAUGCCUUCCUCAUUGAAUUUAGAGUCAUUAUUGCUCUGCUGAAGGCCAUACAUGGGGACAGGCAUGUAUGGAGGAGGGAGUAGAUUCCAAGUAGAGGGACGUACUUCAUCCAUCUGACCCUGUAAAGGGCUAGUGAUUCAGCCUCUUUUUGGGGGGUUAGACUCAUGAUUAAGCACUGCCAUGAACUCGCCACAUAAGAUGCUUGUCUCCUGUUUAGAGAUGUCUGUCAGACAUCUCAAACUCCAGCAAGAGAAACCCAGGAUUAGUGCUAUAAACCGCCAUAUGGCAGACGUAUAGUGGAAAUAAGGGUAUUUAAUGAUUAAAAAUGAGUGAAGGAGAUUAAGAUCUUUCCAAAUGUCCAAAAUGUGCCCUGUGCCUUCUCAACAGACUUAUUCAGCCCACUGCUGCAUCCCAAAAAGAAAAGCACAGGGCUCUACUCCAGUUAUUUUCACUGCAGGUGUCUGUACGCCUACUUUCCUAUUUUCCAUAUGCCACAGCCUUAUGUAUCUGGCUGGGUAUGUGUACAGUGCAAGGAUGAAGCUUAUCGGUUUCAUUUUACUUUUAGCACCGUCUCCGCCACGGAAAUGAUAUGGUACAGCAGAUACUCCCAGCAGCUGUCUGCAGGAAGGACAGUGGACACAGUCCUGCCUUCAUUUGUAAUCCCAUCCUUUAGAGGGAGUCCCACGAGUCGGGAAAUACACACACACACACACACACACACACACACAAUCUGUCGUUUCUCGAUGCGCUGAAAAUAAAUUCUGACUAUUUUCCCUAAAUCCAGAUCCCUCAGAAUACGUGUGUUUUUCUUUCCUCGCUGGUUGUAAAUAGACUUUGUGAUUCGGUUAGAGCAUCCUCUAACUCCUGCCAUAAUGUGGACAUUUGUAAUCAGGUAGGUAAUAAGCAAUACACUUAUUUAACGCCAUACACAAAUAUUACUUACCGAGUCUGAUGGUGACUCUUUUUGUGUUGCGGGAUGUCCAGGGUAACACUCCUGUUUCUUCACCUCCUUUCUCAACUUGCCAUGGCUCACCUCUUCAACAAAGAGUGCUCUAACUUAAAAACACACAAUUGUGAUGUGUACAAUCUAAUUUAAUGUAUUUAUUUAUGUAUUUUUGCCAACUUUGUAUAGUGUAUAAAUAUCUAUAAAUAUAUGAAAAAUGACAGUACUGUAUAGAUUUUAGCUGCCUGGUAAGGUUAAUAGUAUAUACUUGGUAGACUAAAAGAAAAAGCGUAGAGCUGUUCAAAAGCCAGUCAUUGAGAAAAUGCUUUCUGUAAAACCCGGUGCCACUGGCUCUUUUUAUAUCCUAGGUUUCGUUUCUGGUUUAUUUUUUUAUUAUUGCCAGUGGGAUCCAAAGUGUGUGUUGUUUCUUCUUUUCGUCCGUUUGUUUGUUAAUCAGUUUGUUUGUUGUUUUUUCUUGACGAGACACAGCGAGGUUCUGGCAGCCAGGAGAGUGCAGUGGAACGCAGACUGGGACCCUGUGUAGUAGUGUGUGUGUGUGCGUGCGUGUGUGCGCGUGUGUAUGUGUGUGUGUUAAGUGCGUGUCCGUCCAUGGUAGUGCUAGUGCUCUUUGUGCAGUGCCUCCCUCCCUCUCUGAUGUAGUUUGUCAUGUGACGCAGUGUGUGUUCAAGUGCAGGAUGACUGUUGGCUGAAGCUGGCAGAUGCUCUCUCUCUCUCUCUCUCUCUCUCUCUCUCUCUCUCUCUCUCUCUCUCUCCUCAUGUCCACUCUGCUUCUUCAUUACAAUGCUUCAUCUUAAUCCUCCACCAAGUAUAGAUUUCCACUUCCUCUGCUAAUUUACCAGUAAUCCAUGCUUCCUCAUCUAUCUGUGAUUAUUUGUCCAUUAGCAACUCUCAUCAGUCACCCUCCACAUUACCUUGUUUUUCCUGCAGAGCUCUGUGGACCAGAGAAUGAUUUAGCACAAAAAAAGAGCAUCGUCGUCCCUGUUCAUACCUUCAUGUUACAUCCUCUCUUUACGAUGCUGUACUUUUAGACUCCUCUCUAUACAAUAUCCGAGGAGACGGGCAGCUGCCAGCUUAGCACACAGAAACACAAAGCAGCCAUAUUCAGAUAUAAAGCACAGACCUGUGACUCAAAUCAACAACUAUGUUGUGGUGGUUUCACUGCCGCCCUGUUUGUAGCAACAGAAAGAGAAUAGCCUUAAAGAUUGGACCAACUACACACACAAAAAAAGUAGUGGGAUAUGUGCAUUUGUAGUGGAUUAUUAUUACCUUCCCUUUCCCACACCAGAUUUAUUACUCAGUAUUCUGAUAUGUUGCUUGGUUGCUCUGUACAUAUCUGUGUAGUACUUCUGUUGAUGUCCCUGUGUUAGGGUAGUAAUGGGUUCUUACUGGGCGACCUCCGCAGACGUCCUCUCCCUCGUAUCUCGUCUCAUUUCCUCAAAAACUUCAAACAUUCCAUCUGAAUCUCAAGUGAGCAACAUUUUAAAGAUUGAAAUUAGAUUAUCACGUAAACUGGGAGUAAAACAGCAGAGGGACUGAACCACAGACAUUUCCACUGGAGCCAUGAUAAUAACCAAGACGUCUUGUCUGUGUUCACGUCCCUCUGAGAACUGAUAGAGCAUAAAGACCGUCACACUCGCCUCUCUGCUCCUCCAAAACCCGCCUUCACGCUGACCUCACCGGGCUCUGAGGGGUCAGCGGGUCUUCGACGGUGGGAAGAGAAGGGUGAGGUGGGUGAGGAGGUGGGAGAGCCCCGGGAGGCGGCAGAGAGGCCUGUCCCCGUGGUCACAUCCUGGGUCAGGGAGGAGGGGAACGAGGGCGUCUCGAGGUCAGACCCAGUAGCACUUUGGUUUUGCGUUCCAUGUUUUUUUAGCCUCUCCUGUUUUUGGGCCGAGCGGACUGUGAUCUUGCUGGUUGAUUUUCUCGUUCUCCUCCACCCAUCAGUGUUACAGAGUGUGUUGGGUGGACGGAGCCAUGGAGCUGAGCUCUGAUUUUGUUCCAUAUUAAAGAAUCAUUUUUACUACA